AUGGAAACACCAAGCAUCUUUCAGCGAAGCCUCACAACUGCAUCAAAUUUUGAAGACGGCCCAGAUGCAUAUCCACCUUAUUAUCCUCACAAAAAAAAUAUUUCAAAAAAAUCUGCAAAAUAUAUUAUUGAGCCUAAAGAAAAUUUCCAAAGAGAAAGAAACUGCAAACAAGCCAAAAAUCCAGAAGGAAGGGCUGUAAUGCCGUACAGUGAUGAUUCCGAUAGCCAAAUUGAUGAUGGCUGGAAUAGAGGAUGCAAUUUAGUGCAUGCAGAAACCAUUCGAGAAAAUCCUGCAGAUAACCUGCAAACUAUAAUAAAUCGCAGCAAAACAAGAGCAGAGAGACAAGAAAAUGCAAGACAAUAUAUAAUAAGAAUUGCUAAAUGCAAAAAAUGCAAAAGACUUUCUUACAUAAAGGAUGGCAUUUGCCAUCAUUGCAACCAAGGUGAACAUUCCACUCUAAAAUCAAUGGUUUUAGGAUCAGCUCUUUGUUGCUGCAACUUCCUUACUGAGUAA